AUGGAUUCCCCUAUCGUUCUCACCUUUGACGCUGAGGGUCGGGCAGUGGACUUUGAGGUCUGGGUAGAUGAUCUGCAGCUUUUCCUGCAGUGCGAUAGGGCAGAUGGCCUCUCCCGGUUUGACCUAACUUCUGGUGCCUCCCCUGCCCCUGCUAGUGAUGCUGACGCCACUGUUUGCUCACAGUGGGCAACACGUGACGCUGCUGCUCGCCUUGCUGUGCGCCGCCACUUACCGACCACUGAGCGUGCACACUUUAGCCAGUACAAGAGUGCUAAGACCUUGUACGAUGCUGUAGUUGCACGCUACUCUUCCCCUGCCACUGCUGCACUGAGCCGCCUCAUGCUACCGUACCUCUUCCCUGACCUUGCUGCCUUUCCCACAGUCGCUGCCCUCAUUACGCACCUCCGCACUAGUGACACUCGCUACCGCGCUGCGCUUCCUCCUGAGUUCAGCGCCAAGAGGCCCCCUCCCCCCAUGUACAUCACCCUCUACUACAUAGUCACCCGGCUCCCUGACUCUCUUCGGGUAGUCAGGGACCACUUCCUCUCUGUUUGCCCCACCACUCUCACCGUUGACCUCCUCGAGAAGGCCCUCCUAGCGAUAGAGAAGAGCAUAGUCGCUAUAGGAGCCUCUCGUGGUGACCCUCGCACCCCCGUCUUUGAGGGGUGUUCUCCCUCCCCCCUCUUGCCCUCUGUUGCCUCUUCUGCUGCGGCCGACCUCGUUGGUUUCGAGUCGGUCGGCGCUGCGUCUGCCCCGAGCGGGAGACGCCGCACCGGCAAGGGCAAGGGGGGCAAGGGCACAAGAGGAGCUGGAGGCGGCGGUGGAGGUGGUGGUGGAGGCGGUGGAGUGAGUGGGGGUGGUGGUGGGAGUGGUGCCGGAGCGCGGUGGGGGCUUUGGUCCCUGCUCUUACGUUCUCCGUACCGGCGACCGCACUGGUGA